CACAGCUCCCAUCGGGCCCCGCGCGUGGUCCUGGCUGGGCAGGCAGCACCGCUGAGAUGCUGGUAGCUGCGGCUGCUGAGCGGAACAAGGAACCCAUCCUACGCGUGUUGCGGCAGUAUGUGGAUCCGGCCCAGCGCGGCGUCCGCGUGCUCGAGGUGGCCUCGGGCUCCGGCCAGCACGCUGCGUACUUUGCACAGGCCUUCCCGCACGCCGAGUGGCAGCCUUCGGACGUAGACCAGCGCUGCCUGGACAGCAUCGCCGCUACCACUCAAGCCCAAGGGUUGUCUAACGUGAAGGCCCCGCUGUUCUUGGACGUGACUCGGGAGUGGGACCAAUGGGGCGGGAUUCCGCCGCGAUCGCUGGACCUGUUGCUCUGCAUCAACAUGAUCCACAUCAGUCCCCUGAGCUGCACUGAGGGGCUCCUCAAAGCAGCGGGACACCUACUCAAACCUAAAGCUGUGCUAAUCACCUAUGGGCCCUUUGCAGUCAAUGGGAAGAUCUCUCCCCAGAGCAACGUGGACUUUGACCUGACCCUCAGAUGCAGGAACCCAGAAUGGGGGCUUCGGGACACAGCCCUCCUGAAGGAAUUGGGCCAGGCCAGUGGUUUGGUCCUGGAGAGGAUGGUGGAAAUGCCAACCAACAACAAGUGCCUGAUUUUCCGGAAAGAAUAGUCUAUCUCCUUCCUCCCAUGUGCCUGUUAUCUCUGCCAGAGACUCUUCUGUCAGGCACAAACCAGACCCCUGCCUCCCUGGGUCAGUCCUUGAGAUAAACUAGCCUCUCCUAGUCUGGUGGCCACAAGGCUAUAGAGAAUGUGCCCAGGGUGGCCUUGAAAUAAAACCUUUCCUGGAGUCCCACUGUGGGGCUUCCAACCACA